GGGGCGGGGGAGGGGGCCCGGGGCGUUCCAUCUGCUGCUCCUGGGGUUGCGCGGGUGAGUGUGAGUGUGUGUGCGUGCGUGUGCGCGUGCGCGCGGGGUCGUGCCGCGCGUGUGCCCAGGGAGGAUGGCAGCGUCCGGCGCGGAAAAAAGCAACAAGAAGAAAACCGAGAAGAAGCUCGCGGCCCGGGAGGAGGCCAAGCUGCUGGCGAGCUUCAUGGGCGUCAUGAAUAACAUGCGGAAGCAGAAAACUCUGUGUGAUGUGAUUCUCAUGGUCCAGGAGAGAAAAAUCCCUGCUCAUCGAGUUGUUCUUGCUGCGGCCAGUCAUUUUUUUAACUUAAUGUUUACAACCAACAUGCUGGAAUCAAAGUCUUUUGAAGUUGAGCUCAAAGAUGCUGAGCCAGAUAUCAUUGAGCAGCUGGUGGAGUUUGCUUACACUGCCCGGAUCUCCGUGAAUAGUAACAACGUGCAAUCUUUGUUGGAUGCUGCAAACCAGUAUCAGAUUGAGCCUGUGAAGAAGAUGUGUGUGGAUUUUUUAAAAGAACAAGUUGAUGCUUCCAAUUGUCUUGGUAUAAGUGUUCUAGCUGAGUGCCUUGACUGCCCUGAACUGAAGGCUACAGCUGAUGACUUCAUUCAUCAGCAUUUCACUGAAGUUUACAAAACAGAUGAAUUCCUGCAACUUGAUGUCAAACGUGUAACCCACCUUCUGAACCAGGACACCUUGACUGUGAGAGCAGAGGAUCAGGUCUAUGAUGCUGCAGUCAGGUGGCUGAAAUAUGAUGAACCCAACCGGCAGUCAUUCAUGGUUGACAUUCUUGCUAAAGUCAGAUUUCCUCUCAUAUCAAAGAAUUUCUUAAGUAAAACAGUACAAGCUGAACCACUAAUUCAGGACAAUCCCGAGUGCCUUAAAAUGGUGAUAAGUGGAAUGAGGUACCAUCUGCUUUCCCCAGAGGAUAGAGAAGAGUUGGUAGAAGGCACACGGCCUCGAAGGAAAAAACAUGAGUAUCGGAUCGCCCUGUUUGGAGGAUCCCAACCACAGUCCUGUAGAUAUUUCAAUCCAAAGGACUAUAGCUGGACCGACAUCCGCUGCCCUUUUGAAAAGCGCAGAGAUGCAGCUUGUGUCUUCUGGGACAAUGUAGUUUACAUUUUGGGAGGUUCUCAGCUUUUCCCUAUAAAACGGAUGGAUUGCUAUAAUGUUGUCAAAGACAGCUGGUACUCCAAACUUGGACCUCCGGCACCUCGAGAUAGCCUAGCAGCCUGUGCUGCAGAAGGCAAAAUUUAUACAUCUGGAGGCUCAGAAGUAGGAAACUCUGCUUUAUACUUGUUCGAAUGCUAUGACACCAGGACAGAAAGCUGGCACACAAAGCCAAGCAUGCUGACUCAGCGCUGCAGCCAUGGGAUGGUGGAAGCCAAUGGUCUCAUCUAUGUUUGUGGUGGAAGUCUGGGGAACAAUGUUUCUGGAAGAGUCUUGAAUUCCUGUGAAGUUUACGAUCCUGCCACAGAGACGUGGACUGAGCUAUGUCCAAUGAUUGAAGCCAGGAAGAAUCAUGGACUGGUGUUUGUAAAAGACAAGAUAUUUGCUGUGGGCGGUCAAAAUGGCUUAGGUGGUCUGGACAAUGUGGAAUAUUAUGAUAUUAAGCUGAAUGAAUGGAAGAUGGUCUCACCAAUGCCAUGGAAGGGCGUAACGGUGAAAUGUGCAGCAGUUGGUGCCGUAGUUUAUGUCUUGGCCGGUUUCCAGGGUGUGGGUCGUUUAGGACACAUCCUUGAAUAUAAUACUGAAACAGACAAGUGGGUUGCCAACUCAAAAGUCCGAGCUUUUCCAGUGACGAGCUGUUUAAUUUGUGUUGUUGAUACCUGUGGAGCAAAUGAAGAAACGCUUGAAACAUGAAGUGUUCCCACGGACAAGAUAUUUUCUGAGUCUCUGAAAACAAUGGCUCCGAGCCCCUGUGCUUCCUUCUGACAUUUUUGUUACAUUUUUUUAAACUAAAAUUUGUAAUUGAAGUAAAAUCCCUAUAAAAUGCUUGUUUUAUGUGGGUUUUCUUCCUUCACAAUCUAGCAAGAAUAAACUUGCAAAAUUGCAGGUACUCAGUGAAAAUAGAAGUUGCUGACCAAGUGUGUUUGGCCUUGCAACUUUUCAGGGCCAGAUGUGGUCAUAGGGUUGUGAGAUGAGAUCAUUAGGAAAAUGGAGGUAAUUCAGCUCUCAUUGAAGGCCCUGGGCAGCCUGCUGUAAUUCACAGUUUCUGCUAAGAUCAUAGCAGCAGUUGAGUCAAGGCCAAGGUGAGUUGAUAGAACAACUUGGCUUUUACUUAUACUUGGAUAUUAGCUCAAAUAUUAAGGAAAUGUGGUUAGUUCAUUUGUCAGUGCCCAAAGAGUACUGCUGGCAAGUACAUUUAGUCCAACCUUAGGUAUGGUGCACACACAUACACACGUCUCGGAUAGAAAUCCAAAUAACGUUUGUCCAACUCUUUACCGAAUACAGAUCAGCUGAAUGCUUUUCAUAUUACCCUGCUAGGAUGUAAACUCAAACUUUGAAGCUUAGGUUCUUUGCUUUAUUGCUAAAAUACCUAAUGCCACACUCAUAGGUUAAAAGAAAUCUCUGCAUUUCCAUCUCUGCUUUCAGUCGAAUACUCCCAUUAAGCCCCAGGAUGAAGCUGUUUAAAACACACUUCUAGAUUGCCAAGGAUAACAUUAAUAAUUGUUCUAUGUGUGUCAGUUGUUAAGCUUCACACUUCAUUAAACCGUUAUUGAUCUCUUCUUAGAGGACAGAGUUCACCUAAGAUGUCUUCUACCCAGUAUCCUCUGAAGCGGUCUGUAAAAUGUCAACCUUCAGGACUUAAUGUCUUUUCCAUAUUUCAGCUUUCAAGAUUUGAUGUCUUUUCCAUAUCUGCCACUACAUGGCUAAUCGCAUCUUUAGGAAUCCUUUCCAUGAAGCUCUUCCUAGUAACAACUAGUUACUGGUAUUUUUAAGGAGUCAUUUAAGCCGUCGGUCAUCAUAGUCAUAGCUGAUAUAAUUAAUAUCCUUGUUUAACUGAAGGUAGACUGGGCUCGAUUUUGCCUUUUCUGGGUUAUAAACAUUGUGUUCAAUUAGCAUUUGUUUCUUAAGUUUGUAAAAUACUUUUGUAUUUUUAUUUUCAUUGUAUUCAAUGAUGUUGUUACUAUUCUAAAUCCCUAAUUUCAGAAAUUAAAAAAAAGAAAAAACCA